GUUAGAAUGACAUGUUUGAUUGACUGUACUUAUUACAUUAAUAAUUCGCGUAUUUUGCAGUAAUCUAUUGAUUCAUUCUUCGUGUAAAGCAAACCAUUAGUUAAUAUUCAAUUAAACCAACUCACUAGUAGUGCAUAGAUUAGAUAAAAUAUGAUUAUGUUAUAUUAUAUUUAUAUACUCUUUAUAAAUAUGGUAAUAACUUUAGUAAGUCCUGCGGACUUGGGAUUAUCAAAAUGCUUACAAGUAGUUCGUAUAAUAAAGCCAAAAUACCACUUCACUAAAGGUUGCGCUACAUCUAAUAUGAGAAGUUUAGCUAGUUCUAAUGCAUCAGACGCUGAACAGUGUGCUCGGUUAGCUGAAUCCAAUAAUGCAUUUGCAUUUGCUUACACGAAUAUAACUGAAGGAGUAAAUAUAACUAUUAGUUCAACGUGUGUAGUAUUCGAGUGUCCAGAAUAUCACGGAUUUUUGACCUCUUCAAUUGCAGAUCAAUCAUUAUACAAUUAUUAUAGUGCUUAUUCAAAGCCAUUACCUAAUGAGAAUUACACAUGCAUUCCUGGUCUUGGCGUAUUUGAUAUAAUAACAAACCGUAUGAAUUACUCCGAUGCAAUAGAGGCAUGUAUUGAUGCAGGAGGUCACUUAGCUAACAUAGUCUCAGAUACACGCACAUCAUUACUAGCUUCUUUAGUGUCAUCUGCUCUCACCAAUUAUACAACUAAACAUCAAAGGGCGUUUGUGGGUCUAUUCUUUGAUGAACAUUUUGUAACUAUCACAGGAGAACCACUUGCUUGUUUACCCUAUAGAGCUUGGGCACCAGGACAUCCAAAAUCUAGGAAAAUUAAAAAAGACUGUGUAGUUCUUACUAGCAACAGAUACUGGGAAACAGAAGAUUGCUCAAAAAAUAUGCCAUUCAUUUGUGAGCUUAUUGCUGAUGGCCCAAUGAGUGCUGUUGAAAGAUAUUGCGCUCCAAUAAAAAAUCAUAGAAGAAGAAAAAAUUGUAUAGUGCGCAAUUACAAGCAAUUUGAACAAAUCGAGCAAACAGAACAACAAUGUAUUGAUAUUAUGAACAACUCUGUUGGUACAUAGGAAAUUACAGAGAUUUAAAAAUGAAAAAUUAAGUACAAAAUGACAAAUAGUUAUAUAUAAUAUUAUACUAUUAUUAUUUAACAGAGAAUACAAUUAUCAUACAUAUUAUAAAAAUAAAUAUUGCUAAUGUUUUAAACAAUACUUUGUAAAAAUUUUCUAAUCAUUGCUUUUGGUAAAAUAAAAAAACUAAUAGAAGUAAAAAAUAUAACCAAGUAAAUAAAUAUAUUAAUUACUGAUAUAAAUUCUCAAUAUCCGUUUUGUACUUUUCAUAAAUCUCUCUCCGUUUUAUUUUAAAGGCUGCUGUUACCAAAUCAUUAUCUGGUGUCCAUAUCUCAGUGCAUAUUUUUAGGGCAACAGGUAUUUCGAACCUUUGAAGUUUAUCUGAAUAUUCACAAUUUAAACAACUAUAAUAUGUUUUAAUAUAUUAGUAUAUAUUUUUUACUUACUACUUUGACCAUAAGCUGUUAAUUCAUCUAAUACCAUUUUUACAAGUUGUUUGUUUGUAUAUAGUUCUUCAGGAUCAAUAUUUUUUGGAUCUUCAAUACCUAAUUCUAAAGCCAUACUUAAUAGAUGUGGACGAUUGGGAACAAUUAAAGCAAUUG